GCGGCUCGUUCGUUUGUGUGUGCGUGCGUGCGUGUAUUGGUGUGCGUGUGUUUUUGUGUUUUUGUGUUUAUUUUUGGAAUUAAAAAGCUAGCAGCCGAUUUGUGUGUGGCAAAACUAAAGCUAAAGCUAAAGCUAAAGCCCAAAAUCGAAUCARAAAAGUGUGCCGCAGCGGCAAUAAUAGACGCGCGUGGUGCCUUGAAUUCACUGUACGGCUCCACGGUGGAGAACUUUUACCUGAGAAUGGAUCCCACGCGCGGCGACUCGCGCUACAACCUAAACUACUCGAUGAGUAGCAUAGGUCUCAGUCUGGCCGACCAGGCCGACAUGUACGGCAAUCCCGCCGUCGCUGCCCUGGGCGCCCGGCCCCCCAGCGGCGGCUUGCUGCAGAGCAUGGGCGGCAGCAGUGGCGCGGGCCUGGCGAUGCAGCAGCGCCCCAAUCCGGCGGCGGCGGCGCAGCAGCAGCAGCAACAGCAACAGCAGCAACAGUGCCAAACGCUGGGAAACAGCCAAACGCACAGUCCACAGCACCAGCAGCAGCAGCAACAACAGCAACAGCAGCAACAACAGCAGCAGCAACAACAGCAACAAUCACGUGGCCUAAAGCGCAGCGGCAGCGACUGCUACGAGGACCAUCGCUCUAGUGGCGGCGGCAUGACGCUGCAAGGCCUAGAGAGCUGCGCUGCCGGCAGCAUAGCCAGCGGCGGCAUCGACGUCGACGGGGUAGACAGCUACAACACGCUGCCCAAUAAGAAAUCACCGCCCGCCAAUGGCAAGAAGACAAAGGGACGCGUCAAAAUCAAAAUGGAGUACAUCGACAACAAAUUGCGCCGUUACACGACCUUCUCCAAGCGGAAGACUGGCAUCAUGAAGAAGGCCUACGAGCUGUCAACGCUGACUGGGACCCAGGUGAUGCUGCUGGUGGCCAGUGAGACGGGUCACGUGUACACAUUCGCCACGCGCAAGCUGCAGCCGAUGAUAACGUCGGAGGCGGGCAAGCAGCUGAUACAGACGUGCCUGAACUCGCCGGAUCCGCCGAGCGUGGGCGGCGGCGAUCAGCGCAUGUCCGCGACGGGCUUCGAGGAGACGGAGCUCAGCUACAACAUCGCCGACGAGGACACCAAAGAUGACCGUUCGCCAACAUCGUCGGGCAACGAAUCGGAUGACUCUUCGGAUGUGGAAAUGCCGUUGCCAGCCGACGCCGACCCUGUUUCCAAGGCAGCAGCCCAUGAGCUGAAGCCAGAGACUGCAGCGUCCGUAGGUGGCCCAAAAUCAAUGCCAGCCUCAUUAAUCUAUCAGACUGAGACGGGUGCAUCGACGUCCACAGCGGCGGCAGCAGCAGCAGCAGCAGUAGCAUCGGCAGCAUCAACAGCGUCGCCCGCGACAGCAGCAGCACCAGAUAGCAAAUAUGUUUAUCCGGCCACCUCGUUCGCCAAUAUACCGCCGGACAUGCUGCGCCAUCUAAUACAGUCGGGCCAAUUACAGAUUCAUGCCGAAGAAGAUGGCAAUCAGUAUGUUACCAUACCGCUGAGCUCCACCGUGGCCAGUUACAUCAAAGGCAAGUCCACGACAGGGGCCACGAGCUCCCAUCCGAAGUCUGAGAAGUGUACCGAGAAGGCCUUAUCCAUAAAGCAGGAAUAUGACUAGCAUAGUGAUUGGCCUAAACGGAGACUGGUUUUACGGGCAUAUUUGGAUAAAUCCUGUAAAUCCGUAUCUAAUCGAUCCAAGACAAAACAAUUACCCAUAUACAUACACACACUCACAUACAUACAUGCGUCUUUGAUCAUAAUGUGGAUCAGAUGCUGAUCACACA